GCGCCGCUGUGAAAAGGUGGGGAACAGACUGGCAGAAUUUGUGUUGAAAGUGUUGAUGUGAACUUUCUAACAGAGAGGCUGUUGAACCAAGCUUCAAUGCUUCAAUGCAAAAUCACUCGCUCUCGAGCGGCAAAUCUUCCACUGCGCCCCCUGCUGUAUGCGGCAGGAGCUGCAGGCACCGCAGCGGGAGUUUAUUAUUGUAUUAAGAAGCGUCGUGAUGGGGAGAGAACCGCGGAGCCCGUGUACACACCUCCCACCGAAGAUUCUGCUGUGGUGGAGUCAGACUUGAUGUCUGAUGUGGAUGCAGUCAGAGUCACACAGACUGACAGGGCUGUCCCUGAGGAUUCUCUGAGCGAGACUGAGGAGAACAAUAAGGAGGACGAGGUGUUCAGUGCUCAGGUGGACCGCGAGAGGUCCAACCUGGAGGGCAGAGUGAGGGAGCUGGAGGGACUGGUCUGUGAGGCACACCGGGAGUAUGAGAGGAAAAAGAAGGACCUUGAGCGAGAGACGGUAACUCACGUUAUCCUGAAGUCACAGUAUGAGGGGUCACUAAAGGUCUCCUUGACUGAAGCUGAGGAGAAAUAUGAGCUGGCGAUCGAGUCCUGUGUUCAGCUGGAAAAGGAGAAAUCUGAACUGAUAUGUGAUGUGAAUGCCCUGCAAGGCUCAGUUCAGGAGCUGGAAAAAGAACUCUCUGAGAUGCGGAUGAGACAUGAUGAGCUAGCGACGGAGUGUAAACAAAAAAGUCUGCGGUUGCGUGUCCUGCAGACCAAGUAUGAUGUGAUGAGGACAUUUUUACAGAAGAAGUAUGAGGAAAAGCUUCUGGCUUGCAGUGAGAUGAAUUCCCAAUAUGAUCAGACAAAGGAAGCAUUAACGGAGGAAGAGGUCUCUCUGGCUGAAGCUGAGGGGCAAUAUCAGACUUCAGUACACAUGAAUAAUAAUAGGAUACUCCACAUAAAAGAACUCAUAAUGGAAGCCUAUAAUCAGCAGAAGCAUGAGCAAAUAAGGCUGGAGCUAGCUGAGGCUUGCUGGUGGACCUGGUGUAAGCUAGUGAGGGACAUUGAAAAUUUUCCUGGGUUUUGGCAGCACUGUUGCACCCUGGAGCAUGAACGAGAGCAGGAGGCUCACAGUGUCUUGAAGACCCAGUGUGAUCACAUGAAGAAAACACACAAUGAGGAGUCAAUAAAGGUCACUGUGUUGAUGGGGUCCUGUGCUCAGGUGGAGUCUGACCUGAUGUCCCUGAUGAAACCACUGCGAGCCUCUGUGCAGCAGCAGGAGAAGGAAAUCCGUGAGAUACACAGAAUGUAUGGCAAAAUAAUGAAGGAGCAGGAAGAAGAAUGCGAGUCUCACAGACUCCUGAAACUGCAGUACACAGAGAUUAUGAAAACUUUAAAACAGUGCUACGAGUUACUAAAAAACUGCCUUGGAUCUGAGGAGCCUGAACCCCAGAUAUGAACCCCAGAUACCUGCCAGGGACAGAGUUUAACACCUGGAUAUUCUCUAAUGCGUGUGCACAUAUGCCAAGACCUCAAAGUCAGAGUUAUCCCUGCAGGGCUCUGUGCCGUUUUUCCAACGUGGGUGAAGGGGGGUGGACUGGUGCCAUUAGGGCUUGACUCAAGGAUGGAUCAGGGGCACCUGGAUGCUUGUUGGGGCCCUGAGAGCUUGGUUCUAAGCACCUGUAGCUCCAGGGUUGCCUGUUGCCAUUCACUCGAUACUUGGACAGUGGACCCCAUCAGUGUAAUGUUUCAUCUGGCAAAAGCACCAGCAAUGUGAUGCAGGGGUCUACAGAGGGCAUGCAGUCCAGACUAUCAUCAUGUGACAUAUUAGCAAAGGAUUUCAUCACAGAGCUCCCGUUGUGGCUGCUUUAACAUUUGCCGGUUGUGUCUGUAAGUUGCUUGAUUCUGAACCCUUUCCAUUGCUGCCAGAGCCAACUAUGUAAAGUGUGGCUCAGCUGUUGGUUUGGUUUCUGGUUCAAAAAAUAUUCCAGAGGCGCUCAUGGGCAUGCCGUCCUUGUGCAUCUCAAUCGAGCACUACCAGGGAGCUCAGAUUUUUGGAGGGUGUAGUGUAGUGGCGUCUGAGCCACUGUUGGCAAUGGCAGGAGUACCUUCAGGAUUAUUAUUUCUGUUAGUUGGUUUUGUGAGGGGAGCUCCAGUCUGUUGUUACAGAACUGGCGCAGUCCGAUGGGCAGAUCAGUUUGCAGGGGAACAAGAAAAAGGCACAACAUGUUGGGUACCUACAGUAAUAACUACAUCUCUGCUGUCGCAUUACUUUGUGAAAUGGUCUUGAUAUACGUGAAUAAGAGAAUAUCCAGGUGUUAAUCACACUGCCCCUGGUGGUUAGGAGGGGUGAAAUAGCACUACCACAAACAUGCUAGGAUGAUACAGACAGACAUACAGUGCAUCCGGAAAGUAUUCACAGCGUUUCACUUUUCCCACAUUUUGUUAUGUUACAGCCUUAUUCCAAAAUGGAUUAAAUUCAUUAUUUUCCUCAAAAUUCUACAAACAAUACCCCAUAAUGACAAUGUGAAAGAAGUUUGUUUGAAAUCUUUGCAAAUUUAUUAAAAACAAAAAAAGCACAUAGACAUAAGUAUUCACAGCCUUUGCUCAAUACUUUGUUGAAGCACCUUUGGCACCAAUUACAGCCUCAAGUCUUUUUGAGUAUGAUGCUACAAGCUUGGCACAUCUAUUUUUGGGCAGUUUCUCACAUUCUUCUUGGCAGGACCUCUCAAGCUCCAUCAGUUUGGAUGGGGAGCGUCGGUGCACAGCCAUUUUCAGAUCUCUCCAGAGAUGUUCAAUCGGGUUCAAGUCUGGGCUCUGGCUGGGCCACUCAAGGACAUUCACAGAGUUGUCCUGUAGCCACUCCUUUGUUAUCUUGGCUGUGUGCUUAGGGUCGUUGUCCUGUUGGAAGAUGAACCUUCACCCCAGUCUGAGGUCCAGAGCACUCUGGAGCAGGUUUUCAUCCAGGAUGUCUCUGUACAUUGCUGCAUUCAUCUUUUGCUCAAUCCUGACUAGUCUCCCAGUUCCUGCCACUGAAAAACAUCCCCACAGCAUGAUGCUGCCACCACCAUGCUUCACUGUAGGGAUGGUAUUGUCCAGGUGAUGAGUGGUGCCUGGUUUCCUCCAGACAUGACGCUUGCCAUUCAGGCCAAAGAGUUCAAUCUUUGUUUCAUCAGACCAGAGAAUUUUGUUUCUCAUGGUCUGAGAGUCCUUCAGGUGCCUUUUGGCAAACUCCAGGCGGGCUGUCAUGGGCCUUUCACUGAGGAGUGGCUUCCGUCUGGUCACUCUACCAUACAGGCCUGAUUGGUGGAGUGCUGCAGAGAUGGUUGUCCUUCUGGAAGGUUCUCCUCUCUCCACAGAGAUGAUGAUGGAGGCCACUGUGCUCACUGGGACCUUCAAUGCUGCAGAAAUGUUUCUGUACCCUUCCCCAGAGCUGUGCCUCGAUACAAUCCUGUCUCAGAGGUCUACAGACUAUUUUUUUUUGUUUUCCUCCAAGCACAUUCAACUUGUUUUUGUUGCAUGACUUUCAAGCACAUUUCUCAUGGCUUGGUUUGUGCUCUGACAUGCAUUGUUAACUGUGGGACCUUAUAUAGACAGGUGUGUGCAUUUCCAAAUCAUGUCCAAUAAACUGAAUUUACCACAGGUGGAAUCCAGUCAAGUUGUAGAAACAUCUCAAGGAUGAUCAGUGGAAACAGGAUGCACCUGAGCACAAUUUUGAGUGUCAUGGCAAAGGCUGUGAAUACUUAUGUACAUAUGCUUUUUUUUGUUUUUUAUUUUUAAUAAAUUUGCAAAGAUUUCAAACAAAUUUCUUUCAUGUUGUCAUUAUGGGGUAUUGUUUGUAGAAUUUUGAGGAAAAUAAUGAAUUUAAUCCAUUUUGGAAUAAGGCUGUAACAUAACAAAAUGUGGGAAAAGUGAAGCGCUGUGAAUACUUUCCGGAUGCACUGUACAAACAUACAAACUCAUGUUGAAGUGUGGAUCCAAUAAACACUAUGACAAAAAUAAAAAACAUAAAUGUUAAAAAAAUAUAAAUUAAAUGUAAAUGUACAGUUUAAACAAGAUCUUAUUUAUUUAUUUAUUUACUUACUUACUUAUAUGUAUGUAUGUGUGUGUGUGUGUGUGUGUGUGUGUAUUACGGAGCUAUAUUACGGAGGACUACGGCUGCUCCUAAGGCCAUACAGACUUCAUAUAAAUCCAUAAUGAACUUUUUCACACUAUCUGUUGUUACCCAGAUGAGGAUGGGUUCCCUUCUGAGUCUGGUUCCUCUCAAGGUUUCUUCCUCUUAAAACAUCUUAGGGAGUUUUUCCUUGCCACCGUCGCCACUCAGUGGCUUGCUCAGUUGGGAUAAAUUCACACUUUUAAUAUCUGUAUACCAUGUUGAUAUUUCUGUAAAGCUGCUUUGAGACAAUGUCUAUUGUAAAAAGCGCUAUACAAAUAAAAUUGAAUUGAAUUGAA